AUGACAACAAUAAUAGAAUUACUAUAUAAAUUUGAUAAAUACCUAGUAACACAAUUACAAUCAAAUACAUUCACAUCAAAUCUUUUAAUAACACCAACAUCAAAAUUUAUAACUGAAUUUUUAAUUAUAGUGUUUUUUGGAUUAUUAAGUUAUGAAAUCAUAUAUUGGAGUGGUAUAUAUUUAAGACUAUGGGAAUAUCAUGCAAAAGAUAUAUUUAAAGAAAUACCAAUUCAUUGUGCUCAUAUUAAUAUAAAAUUAAACUUGAUCAAGUCAGAUAAAUUGGAUAAAUUGAAGAAACAUUAUGAUGAAAAAACCAAAAUCAAUUAUCAAACUAAUUUCAUAAACUUACUCAAACAAAACAACAAUAAUAAUGACCUAUUCGAAUUGAAAAAUUUUAUAAAAUAUUAUUUCGAAUUCAGUCCCGAUGAUUUUGAAAUGAAUAAAGAACCAGAAUUUGGAUCAACUAUAAAACAUUUACGUGAAAAAAUCUUGAGAUUGUUCAAAGAAUCUGAUUUAUUUAACGAGUAUGAUCACCCCAAAAUAACAAUUGAUGAUGUCAAAAUAUAUAACAACCUAAAUCAAGAAGUUCCAAAGCAAGAAAAUGAAAAUUAUUUAAGUAAAUGUAAUAUUGAAACUGGUAAUGUCAUAGAUGUUAUUAUUAUAAUAUGA